CUUCUUCAGCUCGGCAACACUGUGUGCAGAUUAGUUUUACUCUCUUCGAAGGUUAUGUUUUGAAGUUUGAUUUUCAGCAAUUUUUGGUUCUGAAAAAUGAAAAUGUACUAGAAUUUUUUGGUACUUAGGGGGAUGGAACAUUUUGAAGAAGUUGGGAAGAGCGUCAGUAUUCCUGCAAUGGAAGAUCAUGAAGAAAUUGGAAAGAGUGAAUUUUUAAAUAAAUGUGCUAAGUGUGAGAGAGUGAUGUCUAAUUUAUCUAACCUGAGAAGACACGUGAAAAGUGUUCAUCCUGGAGAACAUGCUUAUGUGAAAUCGCUUAUGUUACAAACAGGCAGCAAAAGUCUAUAUAGCUGUGAACCCUGUAAAAAGAUUUUCACGGACAAGUUCAAUUACGCAAGGCAUUUAAAGAGCCGCGUCCAUACUGAUAGUGAUAGAGGUUCUUGUGAACAGACAUACUAUUUCUGUAAUUUGUGUAAAAGAUACUACAGUGAUCCAUAUAGCUUUAAAAAUCAUGUGGUUAGAAAACACAAACGAGCAAGUCUCUGUAAUUUUGAAGUAGAUGAGAACGGUAAAUCCUUACCUGAGCAUUUGACAGACCACGAAUAUCCAAAACAGUUUUUCUCUAUAAGUAGACCUUCAGAAACAGGCAUUACAUCUAAAAACUCUCCACUUUUGAACUGGAAAAUAAAUAAAUGUUCAUUGUGUGAUUAUUCUUCUAAGAGAUACGAUGUAUUAAUGCAUUAUAUAAAAGAACACAAGAUAGUCAUAAAAGAAGCAAAUUACACUUUCACAACUAUUGAUGACUUCUUUAACUGGAAGGCUAUUUAUGAAAAGGAAACUAACUCAAAAUUGAUCAAGGACUAUACCGUUCAUAAGAAUGAUCAUGUAUAUAGGGGAUAUAAGUGUCAUCGUUCUGGAAACCUCAUAUCACAAUCUAGAGGUAUCAAAAGAGCUAGGACGAGUAUCAAGAUAGAUGGAUAUUGCCCAGCAAGCAUAAAAUUGAAGUCAAAUGGCACUGCUAGUUAUGAUGUUCAUGUUAUAGAGACCCAUGUGGGACAUAAUCUUGAUCUCACACAGAGUAAUACUGAAUAUGUAGAUGACCCAGUAUUGUCAAAUGAAGAAAUAUCAACUAAACAAAUGGAACAUGAUGUUAGUUUGAAAAUGGACUUUAAUUCUAUAACAUGUACAGAUGAUGGGUGGAAUAUUUGCUCAUAUGUUACGCCAAAAGAGUUAAACACAGUUCGUAAGGUCCAAGAAGAUUGUGACUGUGAUUCAAGAUGUCUGGAUUGUCAAGGUUGCAUCCAUGAAUAUGUUUGUUCCUGUAUUGAGUCUUCCCAAAAGCAGAAUAUGUGUAGGCACAUCCAUCUUGUUUGUAGAUACAAUAGGAAUGAAGAUAACAUGCCUACAUCUGAGUGUAUUUGGAGAGACGUUAAUGCAUCUACAGAUGCAGAGGAUGAUGAUACCAUGUCAGAAGAGCAGGGAACUGCGGUAGAUAAAUAUCCAAGUGUCAAACAGGAUAAUGAUGAGUCUGAAGAAAGCGAUUUGGUGAUUAUAAUGGAUGAAGAAACAUUAAAUCCUGAAGAUGAAAAAAGUAGUGACUCAAAAGAAUGUAGAGUAACUGAAGACAGUUAUCCGAGAUCUUCUGAAGAGGAAUUGACAACUGUAGAAGAACAUACAGGCGCCCCGUCAGGAAAAAAGGUAGCGCAUUGUACACCUGGGCAAGGAAAUAUAAGUGAUCAAGAAGACUCUUCGUUGAUGGAGCCCUGUACAGAUGAAGAAGAAGCUCUAAGUGACGAAGCAGAAAGCAAGAACACGUCAGCUAAGGAACUCAGAGCCAGGCGUCAGCUGUUGAAGCAGAUGCGAGAACAGUUGACACAAGAAAUUGCAGAGAUCAAGAGGUGCGUUCGUCUGGCUGGAGAUCCUGAUGAAGUAUUGGCCAUUCAGCGAUGUGUGGCAUCUAUAAUAUCAAGAUUGAAUCAAUCGUGACAAUGUUUUUUCUAAUCAGAUAUACUUAUUUAUUUUUGAAUUAUUAUCUUUAUUAAUACGAGAUUCAUUCUUUAAUUAUGCAUAUACAAUAAUUACAAAUAUAUUUUUAUUAAAACUAUGAAUUACUUUUUAAAUAUUUUCC